UCCACACACAGGGUAGGAGCUGCAGGAAAAGACCACCGUGGGAGAAGAUAAGAGGCACGCAAAGAAGAGACGAGGCGAGUGAUAGGACUGCAUCCGAUCUUGUGGGAAAUCUGAGGAAGAUAAUUAUCUGGAAUAAGCUCCCACUUUCUUUAUUUCUGUUCCUUUUUCUUUUUUUUUCUUCCCUUUUUCUUUUUUUAAAUCCACCUCAGCCAAACGCUGCUGGAGAAGACGUUUAAAUUACUUCAGCUAAUUCUUGCUGCUUCCACAACGAAGACAAUUUGUUUGCCAUGGUGAAAGAAAAAGUGGCCCAUCCUCAAGAGCCCCAUCACCCAUCUGAAAAGCCUGUCAUCCACUGCCAUAAGUGUGGAGAGCCAUGUAAAGGUGAAGUACUCCGUGUUCAGUCCAGACACUUUCACAUCAAAUGCUUCACCUGCAAAGUGUGUGGCUGUGACUUGGCACAAGGAGGCUUUUUCAUUAAGAAUGGGGAAUACCUUUGCACCUUGGAUUACCAGCGCAUGUAUGGUACCCGCUGCAACGGGUGUGGGGAGUUUGUUGAAGGAGAAGUAGUGACAGCUCUGGGAAAAACUUACCAUCCAAACUGCUUCGCCUGUACAGUUUGCAAGCGUCCAUUUCCACCAGGUGAUCGAGUUACCUUUAAUGGAAGGGAUUGUCUCUGUCAGCUGUGUGCUCAGCCAAUGUCCUCCAGCCCAAAAGAACUGUCUGCCUCAAGCAAUUGUGCUGGCUGUGGAAGAGACAUAAAAAAUGGACAAGCAUUGCUAGCUCUCGAUAAGCAGUGGCACCUGGGCUGCUUUAAGUGCAAGGCCUGUGGGAAGGUCCUGACUGGGGAAUACAUCAGCAAAGAUGGUGCUCCUUAUUGUGAAAAGGACUAUCAGGUUCUUUUUGGAGUCAAGUGUGAAGCAUGUCACCAAUUCAUUACAGGGAAAGUACUAGAGGCAGGUGACAAGCAUUAUCAUCCCAGCUGUGCACGAUGCAGCAGGUGCAACCAAAUGUUCACAGAAGGAGAAGAAAUGUAUCUGCAAGGUUCCACCGUCUGGCAUCCCGACUGUAAGCAAUCCACUAAGACUGAAGAUAAGCUACGGCAUUCCUCAUCUGAGUUCUUUUAUCCAAAGAGUCUGGUUCUGCGCAGACCACGCUCUGCAGAGCUAUUAUCACCGCCUUGCAUAAUGAACUCUAUCAAAAAACUAAGGCAGCCUACCAGAACAUCAUCAGAAAGCAUUUAUUCCAGACCAGGUUCCAGUAUACCUGGCUCACCAGGCCACACUAUCUAUGCAAAAGUAGACAAUGAGAUCCUUGAUUACAAGGAUUUAGCAGCCAUUCCCAAAGUCAAGGCCAUUUAUGACAUUGAACGUCCAGACCUAAUUACUUAUGAGCCAUUCUACACUUCCGCCUACGAGGACAGACAGGAGAGACAGAGUCUUGGAGAGUCUCCACGGACGUUAUCACCUACCCCUUCUGCAGAAGGUUAUCAAGAUGUUCGGGAUCGCAUGAUUCACAGGUCUACUAGUCAGGGCUCUAUUAAUUCUCCGGUGUACAGUCGCCAUAGCUACACACCCACCAUGUCACGUUCCCCUCAGCAUUUCCACAGACCUGAGCUGCUCUCUACUGGUGUGCAGCGGUUCUCAUACCUGCGCACUAGCAGUCUCAGCUCCGCUCACCAUGACUCCCGCCCCAACUCCCCCUUCCGACACCACUUCAUCCCCCAUGUCAAAGGCAAUGAGCCGUCCAGCGGUCGGAACUCCCCUGUCCCCUAUCGGCCAGACAGCCGCCCUCUCACUCCAACUUACGCUCAGGCCCCUAAACAUUUCCAUGUUCCAGAUCAGGGUGUCAACAUUUACAGAAAGCCACCAAUCUACAAGCAACAUGAUGCAGCUGCUUUGGCAGCACAGAGCAAGUCCUCCGAGGAUAUCAUCAAGUCCUCCAAGUUCCCAGCAGCUCAUGCACCAGCACCCAACGAGAUACCAAAGAUUGAGACCGACCACUGGCCAGGUCCUCCCUCCCUUGCAGCCAUAGGAGCGGACAUGAGGCGCAGGUCAAGUGGAAGAGAGGAAGAUGAUGAGGAGCUACUGAGACGCCGGCAACUGCAGGAGGAGCAGCUCAUGAAGCUUAAUUCUGGUCUUGGACAAUUGAUACUGAAAGAAGAGAUGGAAAAGGAGAGGUUGGCCCUUUCUGCCAGUCGUUAUGAUUCUCCAGCCCACGCUUCAGCCUCCAAAACCUCUUCUCUUCCUGGCUAUGGAAAAAAUGGACUUCAUAGGCCAGUAUCUACGGAUUUUGGUCAGUACAACAGUUAUGGGGACGUGAGUGGUGGUGUUAGAGAUUUCCAGUCCCUUCCGGAUGGUCAUGUCCCUGGAAUGAGAAUGGACAGAGGAGUAUCUAUGCCUAACAUGUUGGAGCCAAAGAUUUUUCCAUAUGAAAUACUCAUGGUGACCAACAGAGGGCGAAAUAAAAUACUAAAAGAUGUAGACAGAACCAGGCUGGAGCGUCACUUAGCACCUGAAGUUUUCCAAGAGAUAUUUGGCAUGACGAUACAGGAGUUUGACAAGUUACCUCUCUGGAGACGCAACGACAUGAAGAAAAAAGCAAAACUCUUUUAAUCUCCCUUUAAACAAACAACUAAAAAUGACGCGUAGGAUGUUGUAUCAUGCAAUUCAAGCUAUGUGGAAGCAGCCACUUACUCACCAAACAGGGAAAAUCGCAUAGUGGCACCUCUACACACAGCAAUUGAACAAGAUGAACCUUUGCCCUCCUGGAACAAAGGGAGAAAAUCUCUGGUCUCAGAAACAACAAUGAUAAUUUUCAGAGGUGUCGGCCUUUUACAUGAUAAUAUACAAGAUAGGAAACUUUUCUUCUCCCUCAAUGAUAUUCCCUUUACUUCUUUCCAUGACAUGAUGGAACUUUAUUGCUAGAGCCAGGAAGUGCCCUUAGGAUGCCUUGUAGACUAAAGUAGUUGUAACCACUCCAAGAACUGGAAAAAAAAAAUAUAUAUAUAUAUAUAAUAUAUAUAUAUGUAUGUG